CACACUAUGGAGCAUCGCAACGAUCCCGGAGCUGUCCAAUAUGGAAAUUUUAUGAAUUAUUAUCAAUUUAAUUCGGCCACCGAGCGUGUAAAGUUACUACCGAAAGCUGAGGUUUGGUCGGACGAACAUGAGGAGCCAGGUGAAGUCAAGCCCUAUCUCGUGCUGGAUGUGGGCUGUAAUUGUGGUGUAUUUACACAUCUGUUGCAUGAGUUUUUGGAAGAGGAAUUAAAGCGACCCGUCCAUAUCCUGGGAGUAGAUAUUGACCCUCGGCUCAUACAAAGAGCUGAAGAGAACAAUACUUGCCCAGAGAGUAUAAGUUACGCUUGCGUGGAUGUGUUGGAUGAAACUGCAUUUGAAGACAUUCUGGACUACUUGGAGAAGCGACAGCGGGAAAAGUUUAACGCUGUUUGUUGUUAUUCCAUAACCAUGUGGAUUCAUUUAAACCAUCAUGACAACGGAUUGCAGCUAUUUCUAAAAAAGCUGUCGCAACUCUCGAGACUUUUUGUUGUGGAACCUCAGCCUUGGAAGUGUUACCAAACUGCUGAGCGGCGCCUAAAGAAAUCUGGAGAAGUAUUUCCGCUCUUCUUAGAGCUUCAAUGGCGUUCUAAUGUUGAAGAAGAAAUUCAGAAAUAUUUGAAUCAUGUGUUAAAACGACGGAAAAUAUUCGAAUCCACUCCAACCAAGUGGCAGCGACGCAUUUGCUUCUACAGAUGACAUUUCUUUAGACACUUAAAUUUAUUUUUAA